CUGUUUGGAUGAUCAAAUGCCCAUCUGUGUUAUCUGUCAAACUUCCAAAAAACAUGAAAGCCACAAAGUGCGACCAGUUCUGGAGGCUGCAGAGGAGUAUAAGGAGAAACUCAGGACUGCACUGGCUCCACUGCAGGAGAAGCUAAAAGCCUUUAAUGCAGUGAAACUCACCUGUAAUCAAACAGCAGAGCACAUCAAGAGUCAAGCCCAGCACACAGAGAGACAGAUAAAGAUGGAGUUUGAGAAACUUCAGCAGUUCCUAAAAGAUGAAGAGGCAGCCAGGAUCACUGCACUGAGGGACGAAGAGGAG